GUAGGAGUUUAUGCUUUUUUUUUCUUUUUCUUUUUCUUUUUCUUUAAAUCAUGUCUGUCAUUUACUAUAAGCUUCGUUCAGCCAAGGAUUCAGAUUACGAUGUAUUUACAUUUGAUGGGCCAGGAGCCACAGUUUUUGAUUUAAAACGCGAGAUCAUCAGAGCAAAGAAAUUUGGAAAAGGGACAGACUUUGAUCUUGCUGUUUACAAUGCUCAAACCGACGAAGAAUACAAGGACGACAUGUUUGUGGUGCCAAGAAACACAUCUGUGAUUGUACGUCGACUACCAGCAGCAAGACCAGGCAAAGGAACAGCACAACGAUAUGUUUUAGGUGUAUUACCGACCGAUGGAAAAGGUGUCGUUAAAGGUGUGCCGAGUACAGGUGGCCCAACUGGUGCAGCUAGUGGAGGAGGACCUAUAGGUGGCAGAAAUAUGGUACUGAACGCUCAAAGACAGCAGCCAAAGCCUUCUUUUUCGCAAAACAUUGAUGGCUCAACAGAAGAAACAAAUGCACCUCAUGACGAUUCCGAAGAAGCACGUAUUCAAGCCAUGUUCCAACAAACAACAGAUUCAUGGGGCGCCAUGCAAGAGAGAUUGGCUGAACAACAGUAUAUUCCAUAUAACAACCGUGGUGGAGACAAUAGACGUGGUAGAGGAGGACAUCAAGCAGGUACGAGCGGCGCAACGCAUGCAGGCACCGGUAACAGAGAGGAUGCACAGCAACCGCAAAUGCCACAAAGAGUGCCACCACCAACCUAUGUUUGCUAUCGGUGUGGACAAAAGGGUCAUUAUAUCAACCAAUGUCCUACUAAUGGCGAUAAAGAUUAUGACAAACAUCCUAGAAUAAAGCGUACAACAGGUAUUCCACGUAGCUUCCUUAAAGUAAUUGAAGAACCCAAGAAUGCAGUCAAGGCAGGUACAGGUGGUCUGAUGGUAACACCUAAAGGUGACAUUGUUGUUGCACAAGCAGACUCGACCUCUUGGGAUAAGCAUGUCCAAAAGGCAGCUACGACUAUUGGGUUGGGUGUAUCUUCUGCAGGUGAUUUAAUGGACUGGUAUGAAUCUAUUCCUGUACCCAAGCAUUUUGCAUGCCCUAUCUGUCAGGGUCUAAUAAGAGAAGCCACUAUUACGCCUUGUUGUGGUGCUAGUUUCUGUGAUGAAUGUAUUCGUGCUCAUCUUAUGGAUCAUGAUUUUAGUUGUCAAGACUGUCAACAGUCUAUUCAAAAUGGCCUUGAUGGCCUUAUUCCUAAUAUUGAUGUAAGGGAAUCCAUUGAUAACUAUGUAAGAAACUAUGUUCAUAACAACUACAAAGAAUAAUAAUAAUAAUAAUAAUAAUAA